AGACCCUUCCAUCAUGUUUAACUUGAUAAAAAAGGACCGAGAGGGGUCCAGAAGGGACAAAAAGGACAAGAAGGAGAAAAAGGAGCGGAUGUCAGCGGCCGAGCUGAAGAGCCUGGAGGAGAUGAGCAUGCGCAGGGGCUUUUUCAACAUCAACCGGUCCUCCAAGAGGGAUUCGAAGGCUCGGCUGGAGAUCUCCAACCCCAUCCCCAUCAAGGUGGCCAGUGGCUCGGAACUGCAUUUGACCGAUAUCGACUCAGACAGCAAUCGGGGGAGUGUGAUCCUGGAUUCCGGGCACCUCAGCACGGCCAGCUCCAGCGACGACCUCAAAGUGGACGACACCACCUUCAAGGGGUCUGUGCUCCAGCGGGCUGCCAAGUUUGGCUCGCUGGCCAAGCAGAACUCCCAGAUAAUCGUCAAGAGGUUCUCUUUCUCACAGAAGAGCCGUGACGAAAGCACCUCGGAAACCUCCACGCCAUCCGAACACUCGGCCGCCCCUUCCCCGCAGGUGGAGACGCGGACACUGGAGACUCAACUCGCCAAGCAGGGUGUGCCCCCAGGGCCUAUGCGUCCCCCGUUUGUGUCUGCCUCCCGAGCCAGGUUGCCCGAGGUGGUCAGCAAGAGAUUCCCAGCUGAGCUGAAGCUCCCUGCUGUGGUGCCCCCAGAGCCCCCGGUUCCCAGACAGCUGGAGCUGCAGCGGCGCAACACGGGCGACUUCGGCUUCUCGUUGCGCCGCACCACCAUGUUGGACAGGACCGCGGACGGGCAGGUCUACAGGCGGGUGGUGCAUUUCGCUGAGCCUGGGGCCGGCACCAAGGAUCUGGCUCUAGGCUUGGUGCCAGGGGACCGAUUGGUGGAGAUCAACACCCGCAAUGUGGAGAAUAAGUCCCGGGAUGAGAUUGUGGAGAUGAUCCGGCAGUCGGGGGAGACGGUGCGUCUUAAAGUGCAACCUAUCCUGGAGCUGAGCGAACUGAGUCGCUGCUGGCUGAGGAGUGGGGAGGGCCGUUGUCGAGCAGCCUUUGAUCUGGAGCCCGCGAACCCUGCGGCUGCACUAAGCCAGGUACUGUACCCCAGCGUGCCGGAUCGCCCUCCACCUCCCGUCUGCCUCUGGGCCGAUGUCUGUGCUCGUGCCUCCUGCUGGAGCGCAAAGACGGAGGAGCAGAUUGCAGCCGAAGAGGCCUGGUACGAGACGGAAAAAGUGUGGCUGGUCCACAAAGAUGGCUUCUCCUUAGCAAGCCAGCUGAAGACCGACGCCGCCGGUCUCCUCCCCGAUGGGAAAGUCAAGGUGAAGUUGGACUAUGACGGGGCUGUGCUGGAGGUGGACGAAGAUGACGUGGAGAAGGCCAACCCUCCGUCGUGCGACCGUGCGGAGGACCUGGCCGGCCUCGUCUAUCUCAACGAGUCCAGCGUCCUGCACACUCUGCGCCAGCGCUAUGGCGGGAACCUCAUCCACACCUACGCCGGGCCCAACAUGGUCAUCAUCAACCCUCUCAGCUCUCCAUCCAUGUACUCCGAAAAGGUGAUGCACAUGUUCAAGGGGUGCCGCAGAGAGGACACGUCCCCCCACGUUUACGCCGUGGCCCAGGCUGCCUACCGCAACAUGCUGAUGAGCCGCCAGGACCAGUCCAUCGUCCUCCUGGGCAGCAGCGGCAGUGGCAAGACCACCAACUGCCAGCACCUGGUGCAGUACUUGGCCACGGUUGCCGGCAGCUCCGGAAAGGUCUUCUCAGUGGAGAAGUGGCAGGCUCUCUACACCAUUCUGGACGCCUUUGGCAACAGCGGCACCAGCUUGAACGGCAACGCCACUCGCUUCUCGCAGAUCAUCUCGCUGGACUUUGACCAGGCUGGCCAGGUGGCCUCUGCCUCUGUGCAGACGAUGUUGCUGGAGAAGCUCCGGGUAGCCAAGCGCCCAGCCAACGAAGCUGCUUUCAACGUCUUCUACUACCUGCUGGCCUGCCCAGACAACGCCCUCAGGACAGAGCUUCAUUUCAACCACUUGGCGGAAAACAAUAUCUUUGGGAUUAUGCCUCUGUCAAAGCCAGAGGAGAAGCAGAAGGCGGCCCAGCAGUUCAGCAAGCUGCAGGCGGCCAUGAAAGUGUUGGGUGUCUCCGGAGAGGAGCAGAAGGCCUUCUGGCUCGUUCUGGGGGCUAUUUAUCACUUGGGGGCUGCAGGAGCUACCAAAGACGCCGACGAAGCUGGGAGGAAGCAGUUUGCUCGCCAUGAGUGGGCCCAGAAAGCGGCCUAUCUGCUGGGAUGCAACUUGGAGGAGCUCUCCUCCUCCAUCUUCAAGAAUCAGCACAAAGGAACGCUGCAGAGGUCCACCUCCUUCCGCCAGGGGCCGGAGGAGGGUGCUCUGGGGGAUGGCUCAGGCCCGAAGACGUCUGCUGUGGAGUGCUUGGAGGGCUUUGUCUCGGGCUUGUACUCCGAACUGUUCACUCUGCUCAUCUCCCUCCUCAACAGGGCUCUCAAAUCCAGCCAGCGCUCUCUGUGCUCCAUGAUGAUUGUGGACAGCCCCGGCUUCCAGAACCCCGAGAUGGCUGGGCAGAGCCGCGGGGCCACCUUCGAGGAGCUCUGCCACAACUACGCCCAGGAGCGCCUGCAGAUGCUUUUCCACGAAAGCACUUUUGUGCAGGAGCUGGAGCGAUACAAGGAGGAAAAUAUAGCCCUUUCCUUAGAUGCCUUAGAGCCCAGUACAUCGGGCUCUGUAGCCACAAUAGACCAAGCGUCCCACCCGGCACUGGUCCGUUCCCUCGCACGGACUGAUGAGGCCCGCGGGCUCCUGUGGCUACUGGAGGAGGAGUCCCUUCAGCCCGGAGGCAACGAGGACACCCUGCUGGAGCGGCUUUUUGCCUACUAUGGCCCACAGGAUGGGGACAAGAAAGGCCCCAACCCCUUGCUGCGGAGCAGUAAGGCUCGGCACUUCUUCCUGGGCCACAGCUACGGCACGAACUGGGUGGAGUACGACACCACCGGCUGGCUGAGCUACGUCCGGCAGAAUCCGGCCUCCCAGAACGCCUCGCUUCUCCUGCAGGGCUCUCAGAAGAAGAUGAUCAGCAGCCUCUUUGCGGGCCGAGCUGGGACUGGCAUGGUGCUGUCUGGGUCCAUCGCCGGCCUGGAGGGGGGCUCCCAGCUCGCCCUCCGCAGGGCCACCAGCAUGCGGAAGACCUUCGCCACCGGGGUGGCAGCCAUGAAGAAGAAGUCGCUGUGCAUCCAGAUCAAGCUGCAAGUGGAUGCACUGAUCGACACCCUCAAGAAGUCCAAGCUCCACUUUGUCCAUUGCUUCCUGCCCAAGGCGGACGGAUGGAGCGGGGACCCCAAGGGACCGGGGGCGCGAAGGGUCAGCACAACCGAGCUGGACCUGCACGGGGAGCACUGCGAGGCCGGACUCAUGCAGCUGGAUGUUCCCUUGCUGAGGGCCCAGAUCCGGGGCUCCCGCCUCCUUGAUACCCUUCGGAUGUACCGCCAAGGUUACCCCGAUCACAUGGUCUUUGCAGAGUUUCGACGGCGCUUCGACGUCCUGGCCCCUCACCUGACAAAGAAACACGGGCGCAACUACAUCGUCAUGGACGAGAAGCGGGCAGUGGAGGAGCUCUUGGAGUCCCUGGAGCAGGAGAAGAGCAGCUUCCACAUGGGCUUGAGCCGGGUGUUUUUCCGGGCAGGAACGCUGGCCAAGUUGGAGGAGCAGCGUGACAAACAGAUGAGUCGAAACAUCUCGCUUUUCCAGGCCGCCUGCCGGGGCUUCCUCGCCCGCCAGCAGUUCAAGAAGAGAAAGAUCCAAGACCUGGCGAUCCGCUGCGUUCAGAAGAACAUCAAGAAGAACAAAGGAGUGAAAGAUUGGCCUUGGUGGAAACUUUUCACCACCGUCCGGCCUCUCAUUGAAGUUCAGCUCACUGAGGACCAGAUCCGGGGCAAAGAUGAGGAGAUCCAGCAGCUGAAAAACCGGCUGGAGAAGGUGGAGAAGGAGCGCAACGAACUGCGGCUGACCGGCGACCGCUUGGAGAGCAAGAUCACAGAGCUGACCUCGGAGCUGACUGAUGAGAGGAACACGGGAGAGUCCGCCUCCCAGCUCCUGGAUGCCGAGACUGCGGAGCGGCUGCGAGCGGAAAAAGAUAUGAAGGAGCUACAGGCCAAGUAUGACGCCCUCAAAAAGCAGAUGGACUCCAUGGAGAUGGAAGUGAUGGAGGCCCGCCUCAUCCGCGCCGCGGAGCUCAACGGGGAGAUGGACGACGACGACUCCAGUGGCGAGUGGCGCCUGAAAUACGAGCGCGCCAUCCGGGAGAUCGAUUUCACCAAGAAGCGCUUGCAGCAGGAGCUGGAGGACAAGCUGGAGGUGGAGCAGCAGGGCAAGAGGCAGCUGGAGAGACGGGUGGCUGAUCUGCAGGCCGACAGUGAGGAGAGCCAGCGCGCCCUGCAGACACUGAAGAAGAAGUGCCAGCGUCUAACAUCAGAGCUGCAGGACACCAAGCUGCACCUGGAAGGCCAGCAGGGCCGGAAUCACGAGCUGGAGAAGAAGCAGCGCAGGUUCGAUAGCGAGCUCUCGCAAGCUCACGAGGAGGCCCAGCGGGAGAAGCUCCAGCGGGAGAAGCUGGCGCGAGAGAAGGACAUGCUCAUCGCCGAGGUUUUCAGCCUCAAGCAGCAACUGGAGGAGAGAGACUCCAACAUCGCCCACUACACGCAGAAAGUGGAAUCUCUGGAGGCCGAGCUGCAGGACCUCUCCUCGCAGGAGUCCAAAGAUGAGGCUUCCCUGGCCAAAGUCAGGAAGCAGCUCCGGGACCUGGAGGCCAAGGCCAAAGACCAGGAGGAGGAGCUGGAUGAGCAGGCGGGCACCAUCCAGAUGCUGGAGCAGGCCAAGCUCCGGCUGGAAAUGGAGAUGGAGCGGCUCCGGCAGACGCAUGCCAAGGAGGUGGAGAGCCGGGACGAGGAGGUGGAGGAGAUCAGGCAGUCGUGCCAGAAGAAGCUGAAGCAGAUGGAGAUGCAGUUGGAAGAGGAGUACGAGGAGAAGCAGAAGGUGCUACGAGAGAAAAGGGACCUGGAAAGUAAACUGGCCACCGUCAGCGACCAGGUUAACCAGCGGGACUUUGAGACAGAGAAGCGGCUGCGGAAGGACCUGAAGCGCACCAAGGCACUCUUGACCGACGCUCAAGUCAUGCUGGACCACCUGAAAAACAACGCGCCCAGCAAGCGGGAGAUUGCACAGCUCAAAAACCAGCUGGAAGAGUCGGAGUUUACGUGCGCCGCUGCGGUGAAAGCUCGCAAAUCCAUGGAGGUGGAGAUCGAGGACCUGCACCUGCAGAUAGACGAUCUUUCCAAGGCCAAAGGAGCGCUGGAAGAGCAACUGAGCCGUUUGCAGCGGGAGAAGAACGAGGUGCAGAGCCGCCUGGAGGAGGACCAGGAGGACAUGAACGAGCUGAUGAAGAAACACAAGGCAGCCGUGGCCCAGGCUUCCCGGGACCUGGCUCAGAUCAACGACCUCCAGUCGCAGCUGGAAGAUGCCAAUAAGGAGAAGCAGGAGCUGCAGGAGAAGCUGCAAGGUCUUCAGAGCCAGCUGGAAUUCCUAGAGCAGUCCAUGGUGGACAAGUCUUUGGUCAGCAGGCAGGAGGCCAAGAUCCGCGAGCUGGAGACGCGCCUGGAGUUCGAGAGGACACAAGUGAAGCGCCUCGAGAGCUUGGCCACCCGACUGAAGGAGAACAUGGAGAAGCUGACGGAAGAGCGGGAUCAGCGAACGGCCGCCGAGAACCGGGAGAAGGAGCAGAACAAGCGGCUACAGCGCCAGUUGCGGGACACCAAGGAGGAGAUGGCCGAACUGGCCAAGAAGGAGGCCGAGGCCAGCCGCAAGAAACAUGAACUGGAGAUGGACCUGGAAAGCUUAGAAGCGGCUAACCAGAGCCUGCAGUCAGACCUGAAGCUGGCCUUCAAGCGGAUUGGGGAUCUGCAGGCUGCGAUCGAGGACGAGAUGGAAAGCGACGACAACGAGGAUAUGAUCAACAGUUUGCAGGACAUGGUGACAAAGUACCAGAAACGCAGGAAUAAGCUCGAGGGUGACUCGGACGCAGAUUCAGAGCUAGAAGACCGUGUGGACGGCGUGAAAUCCUGGCUCUCCAAGAAUAAAGGCUCUUCCAAGACGGUCUCCGAGGAUGGCAGCUUGAAGAGCAGCAGCCCCCCAGGCUAUCGGAAAUCGUUUACCUACGACAAGUCAGACGAGGAGCGAGACAUCUUUGACAGCGCUCUCAGGUCCAAGCGCUCCUCGCGGAGCUUCCUGAGCGACAGCGACUCUGAGAGCAAGCCGGCGGAAUCCACUGCAUAGCCCCAGGCAUGAGCACGCACUGACAGGCGGCAGGCCGCUCCCCGACAUCUCGGUCGCCGCCUCCCCUCUCACUCAGCG